UUAAUUUAUCAUACUUCAUCACUAUCACACCCAAAAGAUAGCCAAAACGAAGAAGAAGUAGAAUGGCUCAAACAAUGAUGUUCAUCUCUGGUGUUUCAACCAGGCAUACAGUUGAUUUAAAGAGAGACCCCUUACUUCAGUUUCAACUUGACACACUCAUUAAACCUAACAAGCCAUUCUCUUCUCUUCUAUUCAAUCCCAUUCCUAAUGCCCAUUCUUCUAAAACUUUUACCACUUUUGCUCUCUUUAAAUCUAAGCCCAAGGCAGUUCCGAAGAAGGUUGUUGCUAAGCCAAAGGUUGAAGAUGGAGUAUUUGGUACAUCUGGCGGAAUUGGUUUUACCAAGCAGAAUGAACUCUUUGUUGGACGUGUUGCUAUGCUCGGCUUUGCUGCAUCGUUGUUGGGUGAAGGAAUAACGGGGAAAGGAAUUCUAUCACAAUUGAAUUUAGAAACAGGAAUUCCAAUUUAUGAAGCAGAACCGCUUCUUCUGUUCUUCAUUCUUUUCACGCUUCUUGGAGCCAUUGGAGCUUUGGGUGACCGUGGUAGAUUCGUCGAUGACCCUCCCGUCGGUAUUGAAGGUGCAGUCAUCCCUUCCGGCAAAGGACUUAGAGCUGCAUUGGGUCUUAAAGAAGGAGGUCCUCUAUUUGGAUUUACAAAGGCAAACGAGCUGUUUGUAGGAAGAUUAGCUCAGCUAGGAAUUGCUUUCUCUUUAAUUGGAGAAAUCAUAACAGGAAAGGGAGCUUUAGCCCAACUCAACAUUGAGACAGGAAUCCCUAUUAAUGAGAUCGAACCACUUGUUUUGUUCAAUGUUUUGUUCUUCUUCAUCGCUGCUUUGAAUCCUGGCACUGGCAAAUUUCUUACCGAUGAUGAAGAGUAGAUGAAGUAAUUCAAUUAGUUAUCUUUGUAAGGACCUUGGAUUUUAAUUAAGCAAAUGGUAUCUUGUUUC